AUGUCUCUUCUUCAGGAGAAAGGAUCAGAUGAAGUUAUUUUCAAGGCAAUGGGAAAAGCUAUCAACAAGAGUGUGACCAUUGCUGAGCUCAUUAAGAGAAGGAUUCCUGGAAUCCAUCAGCACACAUCUAUUGGAUCCAUUGACAUAACUGAUACCUGGGAACCUAAAGAGGAAGGCCUUCUUCCGAUUGAGACAACAAGGCAUGUGUCGGUGAUAACUAUAACGCUUUCGAAGAAGGAGCUGAACACAUCCGUAGUUGGGUACCAGUGUCCGAUCCCAGUUGAGUUGGUGAAGCCAUUUGCUGAGAUUGAUUACGAAGGACGAGAUGGAUCACCUAGGGGCAGAGGAAGAAGAGACAGAGGAAGGGGAAGAGGAAGAGGUGGCAGAGGGGACGGAUAUGUGAACGUUGAGUAUGAUGAUGGUGGUGGUAUGGAGCCUGAGCGGGUAUCUGGGAGAGGAGGACGUGGUGGUCGUGGGAGAGGAGGACGCGGUGGUCGUGGAAGAGGAGGUUACGGUGGUCACUAUGAAGCCCAACAAGAUGGAGGAGAUUAUGGACACAAUGGUCCUCCUCAACAGUACCAUGGGUAUGAUGAUGGAGGUAUGGAGCCUGAGCGGCCAUCUGGAAGAGGAAGAGGGGCGGGAGAAGAGGAGGACGAGGUGGCCGUGGAAGAGGAGGUUUCAAUGGUCCUCCACCUUAUUAUGAAGCCCAACAAGACGGAGGAAACUAUGGCCACAAUGGUGGUCCUCCACAGGAUCAUGAGUACAAUGAUGGAGGUAUGGAGCCUGAGCGGCCAUCUGGGAGAGGAAGAGGGGGCGGGAGAAGAGGUGCACGUGGUGGUCGUGGAAGAGGAGGUUUCAGUGGUCCUCCACCUAACUAUGAAGCUCAUUAUGAUGAGGGAGACUACGGAUACAAUGCACCUCAACAGGAUCAUGGAUACGAUGCUCCUCCUCAGGGCCGUGGAGGACGUGGAGGUAGAAGGGGAGGUCGUGGAAGAGGAGGAGGCCGUGGUGGAUUCAACAGAUCAAAUGGACCACCGAUUCAGGCAGCUCCUUAAGUGA